CGAUGCAUCAUGGGGGCGACCAAGAAGCCGAAUGCACCCAAGGCAACGGCCAAAAAUUUGGUCAAACGCUUUCGCAAACAGCUCGGCGUCUCGAGGGCGACGCAACCCGAAACGCGUCACGGGAUUGUGGUAGGAGUCACUGAACGCCGCACUCAACCCAAAGGCAAGGCCUCGGUACAAAAGGUCUCCGCCACCAAGACCAAGCCGUCCAAAAAGACCAAGUCGUCAAAGGCCAAGCCUACGGCGAUCAAACGACUCCAGAAACCGACCCGCAGUGCGCCGCGCGAUGCAUCCGACGAGCGGCGGGACUUUGAACGCGCCCACGCGUCGCUCCACGAACGCGAACAACGUGCGGGGCGACUUUCGCGACCAACUCACCACCCGCCGCACGGUCGACCCCGACGGCACGCAAAUCGACGCCCCUCGUCUCGGACACCGACUCUGCAGUUUGCCCCGCCGACCUUUGCCGUACACGACAACGACAAGACCACUUCUCGGCUCGUUCAAGAAACCAUGCACCGGGUCCAGCAACUCGACGGGGUUGGACAACCCAACGUUGCUCAUCCGCAGGCCUCUGCGUGGGCGACCCUGUCCGAGACGGAAUUUACCGCGACGCGGAACCGUCGACCCGCAACGCACAAUCCCUGGGCCGUCUUGGGAACGGAAGAUGACGAACCCGAUUGUGCGGGGGCCCCGACACCGACCCCACCCCUCUUUUCCUUUGCACCAGCUUCCUUUGCCGUCACGGAAGACGUGGACCCCGAUUUGUAG